AUGAUUCACAAUAUCAAGACUGAGUGUCUGCAGACAUAUAACAAUCUCAGGGCUGAGGUGCAGAGCAAGCUCCACUUAGACCAGGACUGUGGGGUGGUGGGGAGCUGGAAUACCUUGUACGGAGACCAAAACCAAGCUGUGCAGCUAUGGCGGUAUACAGGAGGCUACCAUGCAUUUAUCUUGACCAAAUUGAACAAUAAUCGAGAGUAUCUGGAGUUCCAGAAGGAGAGGAGUAAAAUGCUGGUCUCCCAGCUUCUCCUAGAGUUCAGUUUCUGGAACUAGCCAUCACCCAGACCGGGACCGAACAUAUAAAAGAUACAGUAAUUCAAACUCAAGGUAAGUCCUGGCAUGGAGGAAAUAUACAAAAUGCGCUCAUACAAACUCAAGCCUGGAACAAUGAUCGAAUGGGGGAAUUAUUGGGCGCGGGCGAUCAAAUACAGACAGGAGAAUGACGAGGCAGUUGGAGGGUUCUUCUCACAGGUAGGAAACCUGUAUGAAGUUCAUCAUCUGUGGGCUUAUAAAGACCUCCAGUCCAGAGACGAGACCAGAAACUCUGCCUUGCUGAAGGAGGGAUGGGAUUCUAGUAUGUAUUACAAAGUAGAUAGAACAUAA